AUGGAGGACGACAUUCAGGCUGUGGUGAUUGACAACGGCUCGGGCAUGUGCAAGGCAGGGUUUGCCGGUGACGACGCCCCGCGCGCCGUGUUCCCCUCCAUCGUAGGCAUGCCGAAGCACUUGGGCAUCAUGGUGGGCAUGAACCAGAAAGACGCCUACAUUGGCGACGAAGCGCAAGCGAAGCGCGGCGUCUUGACGCUGCGGUACCCAAUCGAGCACGGCAUCGUCACGAACUGGGACGACAUGGAAAAGAUCUGGAGCCACACGUUCUACAAUGAGCUGCGUGUGGCCCCAGAAGAGCACCCGGUGUUGUUGACGGAGGCUCCGCUGAAUCCCAAGGCCAACCGCGAGCGCAUGACGCAGAUCAUGUUUGAGACGUUCAACGUGCCGGCGAUGUAUGUGAACAUCCAAGCCGUGCUGUCGUUGUACGCUUCUGGACGCACCACGGGCUGCGUCUUGGACUCGGGGGACGGUGUUUCGCACACGGUGCCAAUCUACGAAGGCUACGCACUGCCCCAUGCCAUUGUGCGGCUGGAUCUGGCUGGACGAGACUUGACCGACUACAUGAUGAAGAUCCUGACGGAGCGUGGCUACUCGUUCACCACCACGGCGGAGCGAGAAAUCGUGCGGGACAUCAAGGAGAAACUCACCUAUGUGGCUAUGAACUUUGACGAAGAGAUGGAGAAAGCUGCACGGUCGUCUACUCUAGACAAGUCCUACGAACUGCCCGAUGGGAACGUAAUUGUGAUCGGCAACGAGCGCUUCCGUACGCCUGAGGUACUGUUCAAGCCAUCCAUGAUUGGCCGCGAGUGCACGGGCGUUCACGAGUGCGCUUUCCAGACGAUUAUGAAGUGCGAUGUCGACAUCCGCCGAGACUUGUACAACAACGUUGUACUCUCCGGUGGCUCUACCAUGUUCCCCGGUAUUGGAGACCGCAUGACGAAGGAGAUGACCAAGCUAGCCCCCACGGCGAUGAAAGUGAAGAUUAUUACGCCACCCGAGCGCAAGUACUCCGUCUGGAUUGGCGGCUCUAUCUUGGCCUCGCUAGCCACGUUCCAGCACAUGUGGAUCUCGAAGACGGACUACGACGAGUCGGGGCCUUCCAUUGUGCAUCGCAAGUGCUUCUAA